UGCGCCAGCCACAUUCUGCUUCUCCACGAAAUCUCAGUCUUUUAUGCACCCUAGUAAACUGCCAUACAUCGACACGACUGGCUACAACUAGACUUUGAACUAUCCAGGUCAUCAUGAAUCCUGCUCGUGCUCCUCCUGCUGUUCUCCAAACUCCAGGAUUCGCUCAUUACAAUGUUGCAUGGUCUCCCUUUCGUCCUGGUAGGAUUGCCAUCGCAUCAGCCGCUAACUACGGUCUUGUGGGCAACGGACGCCUUCAUCUCGCAUCUAUAAACCCUGGACCCAACGGUGCUCCAAAUAUCAGCCUGGACAGAUACUACGAGACUCAAGAUGGUUUAUACGAUAUCGCAUGGUCAGAAAUUCAUGAGAAUCAGCUCGUUUCAGCCUCAGGAGAUGGAUCAAUCAAGCUUUGGGAUAUCAUGCUCAAUGAUUAUCCCAUUUUAUCAUGGCAUGAACAUACGCGAGAGGUGUUCUGCCUGGACUGGUCGAAUAUUAAGAAGGAUCAAUUCAUAUCGUGUUCUUGGGAUGGGAUGGUUAAACUAUGGACCCCGGAUCGCCCGCGCUCCCUGCUAACACUUCAAGCACACCACUCCUGCGUCUAUCAGGCACUCUUCUCGCCGCAUCAACCUGAUGUUGUGGCAACUUGCUCGACGGACGGGACCGUCAAGAUUUUUGACCUCCGGUCUCCUGCAUUCUCACCACAAACGAACAGUUUCACCGCACCGCUCUCAGCAGCGGCGUUGACUGUACCCGCAUCAGGAGGGGAGGUCCUUGCUUUGGACUGGAACAAAUACCGACCAUUUGUUCUUGCAAGUGCUGGCGUGGACAAGAUGGUUCGGGUAUGGGAUUGCCGGAUGGUGAAGCUAGACGCACCACCAGAUGGACUGUCUGAUGGCGGCGCUGUUGGCGGUGCUUGCGAGAGUCAGCUUCUUGGACACGAAUAUGCAGUGAGGAAGGUCCAGUGGAGUCCACAUCGGGCGGAUAUGUUGGCUAGUUCGUCCUACGAUAUGACCUGUCGAGUAUGGACUACCAAUCCACCUCCCGACCGGACGCAUCUAAUACAUAUACAUGAUUCGCAUACUGAGUUUGUCGUGGGUUGUGCCUGGUCUCUGUACGAGGAAGGCGUUCUAGCUAGUUGUAGCUGGGAUAGCCGGCUCAAUGUAUUUCAUCUGUAGCUUUAAGCUGUUGCGGCUAUGUAUAAUAUACCAGGGUGGUUUGAGAGUGG